AUGAAUUUACCUCUCAAUCCCAAGCCUUUCCUCAAUGGACUAACAGGAAAACCAGUGAUGGUGAAGCUUAAAUGGGGCAUGGAACACAAAGGCUACCUGGUAUCUGUAGAUGGCUAUAUGAACAUGCAGCUUGCAAACACAGAAGAAUACAUAGAUGGGGCAUUGUCAGGACAUCUGGGUGAAGUUUUAGUAAGAUGUAACAAUGUCCUUUAUAUCAGAGGUGUUGAAGAAGAAGAAGAAGAUGGGAGAUGAGAGA